GCGGGGUUGUUCAGAUCGUUUUCGCUAAUAAAAGUGCUUCCAUUUUUACCUGGGCUAUGGAGGACUGUGUGCAAUGCGAUUUUGUGGGUUCCUCCUUUCUUCUAGGACCGCCUCCACCUUUGCGAAAGCACCCAAAUGCUUCCAUGGAGACCACGGCAGGUUUGCGAAAAGCAUGCACCCUCCCACCUGAAAAGGGGCCUUGUGAAGAAGUUCAUGUUUUUUAUUAUUAUAAUAUCAAGAGUAAAAAAUGUGAAACGUUUCUCUAUGGCGGAUGCUUGGGCAACAAUAAUAAAUUUCCCACGGCUGAUGCCUGCAAAAAGAUAUGUGGAAACUCGACAGGGUCAUCCACACCCGCACUGGUGCCUCCAGUGGCCCUUGAUGAGACAACUACAGCAUGCACGCUUCCUCCCCAAAAGGGACCUUGCAGGGAGGACAUCACCCGUUAUUACUAUAACGCCAAGAGCAAACGUUGUGAGACGUUUCUUUAUGGAGGCUGCAUGGGGAACGAUAAUAACUUUUUGACGGAGGAGAUCUGCAAACAGGCGUGCAAAGUCUCAGAAGGCUCUCCUCCUUCCAGCUCAUCCACUCCACGUCCUUCCUCUCCACCUGUAGACUCAAAUGCUCUGCCUGUAAUAUGCACACUGACUCCUGUAAAAGGAAGAUGCCAUGGGCACCACACACGCUAUUAUUAUAACGUAGAGAGCCACAGCUGUAAGAUGUUUGUUUAUGGUGGCUGUCUAGGCAACGGAAAUAGGUUUUACACCAUGGAGGAAUGCCUGAAGAGGUGCAGAAGUACAAAAGAGAUGCCUAUCGUUUGUAGAAUUCCUAAAGAUUCUGGAACAUGCUCCCAAAGAUUGAUUCGCUACUACUAUGACCAGGCCAGUGGCAGUUGUGAAACAUUUGUGUACAGCGGCUGUGAUGGCAAUGCCAAUCACUUCCACAGCAUUGAGGAAUGCCAGACGAUAUGCAGUGUUUAA